AUGGCAAACGCAAACAGCUCGAACACGGGUGGAUACAACUACUACCAGCCAACAGACAUCCAAGCGUUCAAUCAAUCGACGAGCUACACCAGCCUCGCAUCCUCGGCAACCGCCGGCCAUCAUUCAUACUACGACCCCGCAGCAAUAGCCAUCGCCAAUGCCACCGGGAUCACCCCAUCAGUCUCAACCGGCCAUCAUCAUCAACACCAGCAAAGCGGAUCGAAUGGAGCCUUCAACCAUCAUAGUAAAUUGGACGCCGCUUUCGAUGCUAACGUCGCCGCCCAGCAAUCGAUCUAUACCCCCGAUGCAACAAAACUUAACAAAGGAAAAGCCAGAACAACCGUCAUUCGAAAGGCUGGCGGUGAGGUUUGGGAGGACCAAACUUUGAUGGAAUGGGAUCCAGGUACCGAUUUUGUUUCGGUCUUUUCGAUCUCCAAGAUAAUCAGAAGACUGACUUCCAAACCGACGAUCAAAAAAAAAACAGCUCAUUUCCGAUUAUUCGUCGGAGAUCUAGCGCCCGAAGUCUCAGACGACGGCUUGGCGGCGGCGUUUUCGAAAUGGAGCUCAUUUGUCAAAGCUCGAGUAGUCAGAGACAAAGUGACGACGAAAUCGAAAGGGUAUGGAUUUGUGUCGUACAAGGAUCCGGAGGAUUUCAUGAAAGCAUGGAAGGAGAUGAACGGGAAAUACGUGGGCAGUAGACCGAUCAAGAUCUCCAAGGCGACCACCAAAGUCGGCAUGGUCCAGAUCGGCAAUAAGAAGGCGAGAACUCUGGACGACCAUCGCAAGAAGAAACUCAUACAGGGCGUCGAACGCUUGCGUACCGGAGCUGGUGCCGUCUGGAAAAACGAUAAUCGCCCUUAUGCGCGCAGAUAA